UCGACUUCACCACAAGGCGACACUCAGCGCGGCACUCCCGGCCUCCCUGUGGCUAGGCCAAGACCAGCGGCUCAACCAAAUGUAGUUGCUGCGCGUAUCGGUCCUCCAAUGGGAUACCAUUCGUACACCGGACCCCCAUCGAAUACCAAUUUUCUCACUGCUGGUAGUCAUACUUUUGGACGGAGCCGUCUGACGCCCAUACAACGACCGCAAGGCCUGGAUCCGGUGGAAUUGCUGAAAGAACGCGAACAGCGUAUUCAAUCCAGGAUCGCUCAGCGCAUUAAAGAACUGAGUUCGCUCAGUGCUUUCUCAACGCCAGAGCAACGAGUUUCACUACUGAUUGAACUUCGCUCAUUGAGACUUUUGAAUUUUCAACGGCAGUUGCGUCAAGAUAUAGUCUCUUCUAUGCGUAGGGACACAAGCCUAGAGACUGCACUUAAUGUCAAAGCCUAUAGAAGACCAAAAAAACAGACCCUUCGGGAAGCUCGAUUCACAGAAAAAUUAGAAAAGCAGAUGAAAUAUGAACAGGAAAAACGUCGCCGUCAAAAACACCAAGAAUUUUUGAACGCUGUUCUCAGUCAUGGAAAAGACUUCCGUGAGUUUCAUCGAAAUGUUAACAGUCGCAUGAUGAAGAUCAAUAAGGCAGUACUCAAUUACAAGGCGAAUGCAGAGCGAGACAAACGGAAGGAACAGGAACGAAUUGAUCGUGAGCGUAUGCGCCGCCUGAUGGCUGAGGAUGAGGAGGGUUAUCGGUGUUUGAUUGAUGCUAAAAAAGAUCAACGUUUGCACCACUUAUUGACACAGACCGAUGAGUUCAUCUCAAACUUAACAAAGUUAGUUCGAGAGCACAAACGGGAACAGAGCAAGCAGCGCGUACGCGAAAAGGCUGACAGACGUAGAAUGGCACAGGAAACUGCGCUUCAGAACGCCAUCAACUACUAUCGUCGCUUGGCAGAAGAAUCUCUUCGUUCAGGGAACCCACCUCCGGCCUACUUGGCAACGCUUCCACCUGUUGAUAUGUUCCCAGAGGAAUUACAACAAGUCAAUCGUGACUGGAUUUGUGGAAAACAGCCAAAUGCGAGCGUUCAACUCCCUGAGGUGCAUAUUUCUGUGUAUCAGACAACCACCAAGGAGUUACUUGAAGGUAGCUCUGCUCCACUUGCUUCGGAGGUUUAUACUUGGCUUCAAGACCACCCAGGAUGGGAGGUGAGCUAUUCCAUGCCCAGUCUGUUUUGA